AUGGUUCGUUACAACACUCCUUUAACUGCGGCCGUUGGCCUGCUUUCAACCGGUCUCGUACAAGCGCAACUUGGUGGAUCGUCCGGUAGUGGUGGAUCUGAUCGUUGGGAUGUCGUUGUCAUCGGAGGCGGCUCUUCAGGCACUUUCUCUGCAAUCAGACUUCAACAGCAAGGUCUGAACGUGGCCCUCGUGGAGCGAAAGAAUCGACUCGGCGGUCAUGUCGACACAUAUGUCGACUCAGCCAGCGGCGUCACCCACGAUUAUGGAGUCCAGGUCUUCACCAACUCGUCCGUACUUGUCGACUACUUUGAGCACUUCGACAUUCCCCUCGUUUCUUCCGACCUUACAUCCGGUGCAAGCGCCCGUCUCAACGUCGACUUCACAACCGGCAACCCCCUCAACGCUUCCACCCUGCUGAGCAGCAACACGACAGCCCUUGCCACAGGACUUCUAGGUUACAAAGCCGAACUGGCCAAGUACCCCUACCUCGCUCAGGGCUGGAACUUGACCUACCCAAUCCCAGAGGACCUCACCAUCCCAUUUGGCGAAUUCCUCCAAAAGAAGGGCCUCGAUGGCGCCGCUUUCGUAGCAUACUCCUACGCGGCAGGCUGCGGUAACAUCCUUGCCCAGCCCACUCUCUUCGUAAUGAAGUACUUUACCGAGCUCCAAGUUGACGACAUCAUUACCAACGGCUUCCUCACCAACGGCAUCAAGAACAACCAAGAACUCUACAACCGCGCCCUGACUGAACUCGGCGAGGCCGCCUUCCUCUCCUCCACAGUCUACAACGUCACCCGCGAUGCAGACGGCGUAGAAGUCCACAUGUUCACCCCGGACGGCCCCAAACAGAUCAAAGCCCGGAAACUCCUCAUCACCAUCCCUCCCAAAUACGAGAACCUCUCCCCUUUCCUCGCUCUGGACAACACCGAGCGCAACCUCUUCAGCCAAUUCAACAACACCUACUACUGGGACAUGAUGCUAAAGAACACCGGUUUCCCCACAAACGCCACCUUCAACAACUUGGACCCAGACAACACCCUCCAGAUCCCCUCCAUGCCUGCAGUAUACAACGUCGGCGCCGUGCCCAACAUCCCCGGAACUUUCGCCGCGUACUACGGCUCCGUCACACCCCUCUCGGAAUCCCAAGUCAAAGCCGCCGUACAAGAAACCAUCYCUCGUAUCCGUGAAGGUCAAGGCUGGGCCGCACCUUCGGGAGAAUUGGAGUUUGCGGGUUUCAACUCACAUGCACCUUUCGUCCUUACCGUCCCAAUUGAAGCUGUCAAAGCUGGUUUCUACGACAAGUUGGUAGCGUUGCAGGGUGAGAAGAAUACUUUUUACACCGGAGCCGCGUGGCAKAACCAGGCCAGUGGUGAGAUUUGGGAAUUCACCGAGGCGCAAAUCUUGCCGAGAUUGGUCAAGUCGCUGGGUCGGAGUGGGUUGAAGCCUCUCACUCGUGGCAGGGGAAGCGUGCAUGAUACCGGCAGCAACAACAGCACUGGCAUUCUCGGUGGCAGCAAUAUUACAGAAGUGCCAGUUUCUGGUGGAAAGGAGUACACUGCCCCAAGUGGAUACAAGUUGAAGCAGUUGAGCCAAGCGGUCAAGGCGUUCAAGGGCUUCAAGGGUUUCAAGAGCUGGUACUAG